GUCUUAAUUAAUAAAACUGUAACACCUGUGUCAGCUUCACACCAGAAUGGAUGCUGUGUGAUCUGGUUUGUUCAAAUUAUUAAUAAAGAGAGAGUUCUUGUUUGUGGUGUGAACUGUGCAGGUGAAAUGCAUAAUACAUUGUACAGCUUAGAGCACACAAAAUUUUUCCAGCCUUUUAGAGAGAGACAGAGACAGAAAAGAUGACACUAACAUGCUGUCUCCUCUUUUAGACGGAGAGAGGUUCCAGCGCUUGUUUGGUGAGUACCUGAAAUUAAAAUCUAAAAUGAAAUUGACAGCAGUUUAUCACUUGAGUGUGGAUGAAAACUUACCCACUCCCUGAUAUCACAAAAUCCUUUUCUGAAGAGAUCCCAACACAUUCAAUAUAAUAUUAUUCUUAUGUAAUCUUUUUUUUUUUUCUCAAAUCCUCAAAGUUGCUCCAAAGUUCUCCAAAAUACAAUCAAAUUGUGCUCAUUUCACAUAAUUGUUACGCCUUUGGUUGAAGUCUGUCCUUUUGAAUUAAUGCCAUAUUCAGUUUUGUGUCCCGCAUAAAAUUGUAGACUUUUAAGGUUGUUCAUUUGGGUAUAAAAUUUACUCUGUGUGUGAGUGCUUCUUGCCCAAGGGCACAGAAGGUCCUCAAGCAUGCACUGCAAGAAGAAUUCUGAUACCAAGAGGAUUUCUUUGAGAGAGAGAGAACCAGCUGCUUUGUCAAACUUGUACUGCUGUAAUAUCAUAGUAACUUCACCUGAUUAUUAAUGUGUACUUUUGAACUGAACCAAGCACCACACACUCUUUACCUUGAAAUAAGAGAUGCAGGGACCAGUUACUAUCCCAUCAUGUUUGAUAUCAUAUGAGCAUGGACUUAGGCUUCAAAAAUGUCACAUAGCUGACCACAGCUAAACGUAGUUUAUUGUAACUCUCAUAUGGUAUAAUUUUGUUAAAGGUAAUGAUGUUUUUUUCUCUUUUGUGUGUUAUACUGUGCAGAAGAAGAAGAGUUCCGGUGUCCAGGUUCCAGUGGAUUGUCCUGUUUUUCCCUCCCCUGCCCCCUACCCCUCUAUCCUCCUGCCUGCUCUGUCUAUUGUCCCUGCCUUCUUUCUCUACCUAAGUUUCCUUUUCAAGGUAGGAAACAAUCCGCCUUGAUACAUCCAUCCUGCUCUGUCUAUUUUCUCAGCCUUUUUUCUCUCUCCCUAAGUCUCUCCACAAGGUUGGAAACCAUCCGCCUUGAAUAAUCAAAUACUCAUCCUUGAAAUACUUGCUUUGUUGGUGCUACCACGCAUCCCUGAAAAAACUCACUUGGUUGGUGCUUCAGUGCAUAUUUGACAAAAAUCUACUACUACUACUACGACUACUGGUACUGCUACUACCACUACAGUUAUUACUUGUACCACUACUACUAUUGCUACUACCACUACAACUGCUGCUACUACCACCACUACUACUGCUACUACCAUUAUUACUUCUACCACUACUACUCUUGUUACUACCACUACAACUACUGCUACUACUACUACUACUACUGCUACUAGCACAACUACUACUACCUCUACCAGUACUACUACAACUACGACCAAUUACCUCCAGGAACAAUGCCACGCAAAGGAAAGAGAUCCCAAGCCAAAAAGCUACACUGGCAGAAAUUUCCUGAGUCCCGAGUACCUAAACGAGGGGUGGUGAGUCCUCAUCCUUACAACAGCGGACAGGUAAAUACCCCUGAUUUUUCUAAUGCUAAUGUCACAUGUGUGUUGGCUUCCCGCAGUCAGGGGCAUGAUACAUACGCUGAUUCAAAGAACAGUCAAUGCUCCUGCAACUGUGCUACUUUCCUGGCCUUUCUGCAUGAGUUAGGACAACUCCACACUGCUGAUCUUGAUCUCAUUUUGGACAAAGGCCAUGCAAUGUAUGCUCUAACUCUCGGUCAGUUGGAUGUUGAUGGUCAAAAAGUUGAUAGAUUCUUAAAUAUAGAUGAACUUCCAUCAAUCGUUGUUGGUGACAGACAACAGCACAUAAUGACAAAGUGUCAGUCAGUCAGUGGCGUCUUUACAGCUCCUACCUUGCUAAACAACAACCUUGCAGAUGUACUUCAGUGCUUGUCCGCAGAGGUGAACUACGCAUUUUUGAUAAUGAGUUCAAUGUACAUUGCUGUUUUCCGAGACCAACGCGGGCAGUAUGGCUAUUUUGACCCACACUCUCGACAGCCUGAUGGUUUACCCUCUGGCUUUGGUUUUGGCACAGCUGUCGUCUUUAUUUUCACACAUUUAAAUGAUCUGAUCACAAAGCUUGUGACAUUGUUCUGUGCAGUGGGCUCUGGUCCAAAUGCUUAUUUUGAGCUGACACCUGUACAAUUUCAGACUGUGGAUGAGCUCUCAGGGGGAGAAAAUUUGCCACAUGUAGAGUCUAAUGCAGAUGUUGUUCCAAUAGAGGGGCAGCAAGAACUUCACAUGUCCAGUCUACCUCAGGCUGAAUCUGAGAUAACUGCCCCAAUAAAAUCUAACAGUCAAACUAUGCCAGAUCUUUCUAAACGUAAUAAUCAGGAAAGGAGGAAACUGAAAAGAAGAGUUCUAAAGGGAAAGACAAAAGUUGCAAUUGACAAAAAUUCAAAAGAGCGUGAACGAUAUGCCAAAGACAAAUCGUACCAGCAAUGUAAAAGGUUGCGUAUAGUAAAGCUGUACAGACAAGAUCUAGAGUUUAAACGGAGACAAAGGUCUUACAUCAACCACCGAUACACAAAUGAUGCACAGUUUAAACAGAGACAAAGGUCUUACAUCAACCGCCGAUACACAGAUGAUGCAGAGUUUAAACAGAGACAAAGGUCUUACAUCAACCGCCGAUACACAGAUGAUGCAGAGUUUAAACAGAGACAAAGGUCUUACAUCAACCGCCGAUACACAGAUGAUGCAGAGUUUAAACAGAGACAAAGAUCUUAUAUCAACCGCCGAUACACGCAUAAUGCAGAGUUUAAAUGGAGACAAAUGUUGUACAUAA